AUGCAGCAGCAGCUGUGGCAAACAACAGUAGCACCACCAGCUGCAGCAGCAGCAGCAGCAGGGGGAGCACAAUCUGCAGCAGCAGCAGCAGCAGCAGCAGCACCCUCUCACAAUUCCACAGCCGAAUCUCCUUAUAUAUGGGUACCCCCUAUAUCUGCAUCAGCCCCUGCAGCUGCAUCAGGGGCCCUAAUGGGGGCCCCCAUGGGGGCCCCUAUGGGGGCCCCAAUGGGGUCUUCUAUGGGGGCCCCUAUGGGGUCUUCAAUGGGGGCCCCUAUGGGGGCCUCUAUGGGGUCAUCAGUGGGGGCCCCUAUGGGGGCCCCUAUGAGUUCUUCAGUGGGGGCCCCUAUGGGUACAUCUGUGGGGUCCCUCAUGGGUACAUCUGUGGGGGGCCCCAUGGGGGCCCCCACAGGGGCCCCUGUGGGGGCCCCCAUGGGGGCCCCCCAUGGAAGCAGUUUGGGGGGCCCCCCACUAAAUGAAGCUCUAAGCAGCAGACGAGCUGUAAGAAUAAUAAAUCUGAAGCCGAUGAGAGAGUUAAGGAUUGUGCUGCCCGAGCGCCAAGAACAAGAAGACGCAGGAGAUGCAGCAGAAGAAACGCAAGUUGUUGCUGUUAAGGUGGCGGCGCAGCAGCAGCAGCAGCAGCAGCAGGAAGCAAUGGGGCUUCUUCAGUGGGAGGAAGUGCAGCAGCAGGCGGUUCUUCUGGAGCAGCAGGAGCAGCAGCACAAGGUGCAGGAGGAGGCGGUGCGUCAGCAGCAGGAGCAGCAGCAGCAGCAGCAGCAGCAGGAACAGCAGAAAUAUUCGGAGUACGAGGCAGCAGACCGCACAAUGUCUUUCCUUUUGAAUUUGAACUCGGUGCUGCAUGCGAGGAGACAGGCAGCAGCAGCAGCGCAGACACUCGGGCCCAGAGUGUUGGUGACGGGCAGCAGCGGCAGCGGGAAGAGCAGCGUCUGUCACAUUUUAUGUAAUUACGCGCUGAGGUGUGGCUGGACGCCUCUCUUCCUUGAGCUGGACCCCAGAGGCAGCUGCGACAAGGGGCCCCUCCAGAUGCCUCCCGGGUGUAUAGGCAGCUGCGUUUGUCGUUCACUAGAGGCAGAGGCCCCCGAGGAUCCGUUAAUCUAUUUUGUUGGCAGCAGCAGCAGCAGCUUCCCUGAAGGAGACAGCAGCAGCAGCAGCAGCAGCGGUGGGGUUGGUGCUGCUGCUGCUCGUGCUGCACCUGCGCCUCCAGACAUCGAGCUUCCUGAAGGCGACACAACCGCAGCAGGAACAGCAGCAGGAACAGCAGCAGGAACAGAAGCAGCACCAGCAGCAGCAGCAGCAGCAGCAGAGUUUGCUGCUGCGGAGAGCUCGACUAGCUCUAACGCAAUCUCACUUGAAUUGUUUCCUUGGGUUUGCUGCUGCAUCAGCAAAGUGCUGCAUGCAGCAUUUGCAUAUUCAGUGCUGCACCAGUCUGCUGCAGAAGACAAAGAAGACAGCUUCGCCUCUAAUGAAGCCCAAAGCCCUUCUCUUGCGGCCUCUGGCAUGAUAGCGAACGCCCCGCAGCAAGUAUCGCUGCAGCAGCUGCAGCAAUUGAUAGAAAUAUUUGGGUUUGAUGUUGUUUUAGUGCUGGACAACCCCUCGCUUGCGCACGAGCUCGCUGGGGUGUAUAGGCACGUACUGCCGGAUACUGCAGAAGACGCAGCAGCACAGCAGCAGCAGCAGCAGCAGCAGCAGCAGGGUCACUUUCUGAAUGCAGCAGCAACAGCAGCAGCAGUAACGCCAACCCCCAGAGUGGAGGUUAUUUCGCUGCCUAAGCUUGAAGGGACGAUUGCGGUUGAUGGUGAAGAGCCUGUCUUGCACUUGCGUGUCCCCGCUGGAGGUUUGGACUUCUUUCGCUCUUCGCUGCUGCUGGUGCCUCAUGAUCUCCGCUCUAUGAAGUGCUUCUUAGACGGAUAG